AUGAUCCGAUUCAUAUUAUUGCAGAACAGGCAGGGAAAAACUCGAUUAGCCAAAUACUACAUUCCUCUCGAGGAAUCCGAGAAGCAUAAGGUUGAAUACGAGGUUCAUCGAUUAGUCGUGAACAGGGAUCCUAAAUUCACCAACUUUGUGGAGUUUCGGACCCACAAGGUCAUCUACAGGCGAUAUGCCGGUUUAUUUUUCUCGUUGUGUGUAGACAUUACGGAUAAUGAGUUAGCUUAUUUGGAAUCCAUUCACUUGUUCGUGGAGAUACUCGAUCAUUUUUUCAGCAACGUGUGCGAGCUAGACUUGGUUUUUAAUUUCCACAAGGUAUAUCUCAUACUGGAUGAGUUCAUACUCGCUGGAGAACUGCAAGAAACGAGCAAAAAGGCAAUCAUUGAGAGGAUGGGAGAAUUGGAAAAGCAGGAGUAA